AUGGGUUACUACUACGAGGUAUGGACCUACCCCGAGCGCAAUAACCCACAACCAUCAUACAACUCGUCCGAUUGGGAGAAAUGGUAUAAACAGUUAUUCAGGGAUGAAAAGGGCAAAGUGUUAACGAAUACAUAUAUUCGAGUCACUGAUUAUCUUACUGAUGGGAGACAUCAUAUUAGAUUUGAGAAGCAUACACCUUGGGAUCAAUCUGACAAAAACAAUGCGAAUAGGGUCAUUUAUAAGUAUGCUAACGGGGCGAGAUUUUACUCGGAAUGGGAGGGUGCUCAAUAG